UUUGAUUACAGAACAAUCCCUUCAUGGUUGACAUAAUUUUCCAACAAUUUUGUUUCUGAAAUUGAUAAUUUUUCAUAUGGUGUCACUUGGUUAAUACUUUUACCAUCUACUCCUUCCUCCUCCAAUAAAGAUAUCAGCAUCAUUAUUCCUCAAGUACAAGCAUAAUUUUUCUUAGAGCCACCUCUAGCUAAUAAAUAAAGCAAUAAGAUGGUGUUGUUAUCAGAACAACUAUGACAGUAAUGCCACUGCUGCUUCAAUCAAUGCAAUCUUUAAAUGGGUGUCAUUGUGAACCAUUUAUAUAUACGUGUGUAACAUAUAGCCAUGGGCAGUUUGGGAAUAGCAAAUGCUUUCAAUGUUGGGGUUGGGGUCUGUUGAAAGCAAAAUCCACAAUUUUGUUCCCUCUCCUAUAAUUAGUCCAAGGAACAACCACUUCUUCAGAACCUCAACACAUUUAUAAAAGCCAGAGCAACCACCUACAAGUUUUUAUCCAAAAGCUACUCACAAAACAAAAGAGAAACAUGAGUUCUAUUGGUUUCUCCUUCCUCUUCCUCCUUUCUCUAGCAAUUUUCUCUAUUGCUAGAGGGCAAGAAAGGGCCCCUCACGGCCUUGCUUAUGAGAGUCCCAUAGCUUUUCCACCAGCAGCAUAUGACUUUUUUCAUCCCAAUGCUCAAAAGCCCCAGACUAGAGACUCGUGUGCAGCAUCCAAAUGUUCACCACUACCUCUGGCAGCUCAAGUGGAUGGCACUCAAAUUUAUCAAAACAAAGCUUCAGCAAUGCAGAAAGGUGGGAAAGAUAUCGGAGCUGGAGGUGUAGCUGCCAUUAUCACUGUUUCUGCUUUUGUUGUGCUUUUAGUUAUGGGAAUCUACUAUGUAAAGGUCACUCGCCAAGCCAACAUGAAUCGAGCAUGUAGUAGUGUUCAAUCUACUGCUUGAUGUGCUUUUGUUUAAUCACUUCACAACCAAGCUUAGAACAAGGCAUAAAUACUCUUCCACUGCCUAAAUUCCCAAAAAAUCGUUUCCUUGACCAUGUGUGUAUCUCAUUUUCUUAUUUCUUACCACUAGUCCAUUUCCAGUGUUCAUGAUUAACAAUGUAACUACGGCUGUCAUAGUGAUUAAUAUCAAAUUUGGAUGUUUUAACAGUUAUUAUAGUUACAUGUUUCCAGCUUCCUA